AUUAAUAAUCUUUUUGAUCGAAAGAGUUUUAUACAUCAUGUGGGUUAUAAUAUUAUGUCUGAGGUCACCAGGUUCAAAACCUCAGGUUCAUCACCUUUUCAUCAGGCAAAAUACCACUUCAACGCAUCGACCACCCCUCAUUGAAACUCUAAAUAUCAAAGCAGCGCACGAGUCCUUGAAGGCAUCACCAUCGCUCUGUUUAAACCUCGCCUCCUCCAAGCAGGAGAACGGACAGAGCUGCAGGUUGGAGCGGUUAGUCUUUGCACAUUCAUAUUAAUCCUACUUUAUUCUUUCCAAAAGUCUUCAGACGAUUGAAGUUAGCUUGAGUUUGUGUUAAUGCUCAAAAACUCUGUCUGAAAAAUUAUUUUCAUUGUGAUUUAGCAUCAUCAAGUGGUUGAGGUAAACACAUGUGCAUAACUUUUGCAAAAUCAACCAGAUUUGUUUACUUUCGGCCACUUGGCUGGGUCUCCUGGAAACACUUAGGAAAAAGGAAAGACUCAUCAACGCAGACUUUAGGAGGUGCCAGAUAAGAUUUUGUAGGCUUUUCGGGAUGUUUCCCACGACUAUCCUCCUCGCAACGCUCUGCGUUUUUGCGCAUCUGGACACCUUUACGCGUGGCUGCCAGCUCCCCUCGGAAUGGCGGCCGCUGAGCGAGGGCUGCCGGGCGGAACUUGCGGAGAUCAUCUUGUAUGCCCGGGUCCUGGCAAUCCACCGGGAGCCGGUGGGCGUUGGAGUGGGCAGUCUGUACAACUCCUUGCCCUUCGGGUUCGGAUACGGGUACGAGGGCGCAGAGGAAGGGCUGCUGUACUCUGCAGAGGUGGAGUUGCUGUGUGACCAAGCCUGGGGCAGCAUGCUGGAGGUACCCUCUGGAUCCAGGCUCAACCUGACCGGGCUUGGUUACCUGUCCUGUCAGUCCCACACCGUGAUGGAGAACUACUCCUAUUUCUUUUUCCUCAGGAUGGAUGAGAACUACAGCAUCCGACCUCAUGGGGUCAACUUCCAAGAUGCCAUCUUUGCUGACACGAUUGAGAACAGACGCACGUUUUCCAGUCUGUUUCAGUUCUCCAACUGCACUCAGGGGAGCCAACCAUUUCAGACUUUCAGCCCCGAGUGGGACAUGCAGGAAGACAGCAGGCUGCUGUGCUCCUCGGUGCAGGCUGCACUGUUUGAGGAGGAGGAACGAGGCCGGAAGUUGCAGGAGCGGUUGGCUGCAGCGGAAAGGAGGAACCGGCAGCUGAAGGAGCGAGUUCGCAAGGUGAAGCGUUCCUUGAGGAACGCCCGCAAAGCUGCACGCAAGGCUGAGCAGCAGGCACAGGAGCUGCAACAGAGGCUAAAAGCCUCAGAGAGAAUGGCGGGACAUCACCUCAACACUAUAACACAGAAGGAGCCUCCACUCGGGGGUUACACAAGUGCAGCGAUACGUCACAGGAUGCAACUUUAAAUCGUAUAAGUGCCACUCACCUGGACUGCAGAGUGGUUGUAGAUCUGGAGAGACUGCUGGGCGGUCUCUCUGCAAGGGACGGAGAAGUGUCACUUAUGAGUAAAAACACUUUAAAAGCAAUACUCUUCACAGUUGUCUUGUAAAUAAACUGCUAUCCCUUUUCUUUCUACCUGGAACUCCUCUAAUAAACUGUGGAUAAGCGUGAUUCCCACUUAUCUGAUAAAAAUAAACAGUUUUCUGAAUGAGAAUCAAACAUUUCUCUUUUCCCACUGAUUCCUUCUUUGGUUGUUCAGCUCUGCUGCCUUCAUGAGUGGAUUAAGUGGCAGAGCUGUGCUCAUCUCAAGAUGUUGUCUUGCUCUGCUCUGACACUAAGAGCAGCUGUGAGCAAUAGUAACAGCCACAGUGGGAGCUUAUUGAGAUGUGAAGGACAAUUAGUUCUCUUUGCUUUUCAGCUGUUAAUUAAAACACAGUUAUGAUUUUCACAAGGCACCACUUUUACCUCAGUGGAAAAAACCUGCACCAGGGAACUAUUUAGGGAUAGAGUUCAGUUGCUUUUAAGUUUCAUGCCAGAAUUCCAGAUAGACAAAGUUUCACAAGCUAUAGGAGGUGUCAGCUUUACAAUAAAGUCUAUAACAAGGAUUUUGGCCUCUGAGUU